GCUUAGCCAGCAACAAUUGAGUACUCUUCUCUGUACACCUCUAAGCAAACCAACAAGAAACCAGUUCAAUAACAAAGAUGAGUCUCUCUUCGUCCGAAAUCAUUGUUGAUUUCAGGCAGGUUGUAGUGGUUUUGUUGGUGACGAUCUCAAUGCUGUCACGUUGUUCAAGUGGUUCCAAAUGUGAAUUUAAAGCAAUCUUCAAUUUUGGUGACUCAAAUUCUGAUACCGGCGGGUUUUGGGCAGCAUUUCCGGCAGAGUCAGGACCUUUCGGCAUGACCUACUUCAAGAGACCAGCUGGUCGUGCUACUGAUGGAAGACUUAUAGUUGAUUUCUUGGCUCAAGCUCUAGGAUUGCCAUUCAUCAGCCCAUACUUGCAAUCAAUUGGAUCUGAUUUUAGGCAUGGAGCGAACUACGCAACAUUGGCAUCCACUGUGCUCUUGCCUAACACUUCUUUAUUUGUUACUGGGAUCAGUCCUUUUUCUUUGGCCAUUCAGCUCAAUCAAAUGAAGGAAUUCAAGGCUAAAGUUGUUGAAUAUCAUUCUGGAAAUAAAAAAGGGUCAACGACAACGAAGCUGCCUUCACCAGAUAUCUUUGGAAAAUCACUCUACACCUUUUAUAUUGGUCAGAAUGACUUCACUUCAAAUUUAAAAGCCAUUGGUGUUGAGGGAGUGAAGCAAUAUCUUCCCCAGGUGGUUUCCCAAAUUGCUGGCACUGUCAAGGAGCUCUAUGGGCUAGGGGGACGUAUAUUUUUUGUACUAAAUCUUGCACCGGUUGGCUGUUAUCCAGCAUUUUUAGUGCAACUGCCACACAACACCUCGGACCUGGACAAAUUUGGUUGCCUGACUUCUUACAACAAGGCUGUGGUCGAUUAUAAUAACAUGUUAAAGGAGGCACUAAGCCAAACUAGACGAGAUCUUCCUAAUGCUUCCCUAAUAUAUGUGGACACUCAUGCUGUUCUGUUAGAGCUUUUCCAGCAACCUACAGCCCAUGGUCUUCGAUAUGGCACCAGAGCUUGUUGUGGAUAUGGUGGUGGCACCUAUAAUUUCCACCAAGAGGUUUACUGUGGGAACACAAAGGUGAUCAAUGGAACCAAUGUGACUGCAUCGGCUUGUAAAGACCCAAACAACUAUGUAAGCUGGGAUGGGAUUCAUGCAUCUGAAGCAGCCAACAAAAUUACUACAUUGGCCAUUCUCAAUGGCUCUUUAUUUGACCCUCCUUUUCCACUUCACAAGCUCUGUGACCUCCAACACAUUGGUUGAAAUAUUAAUUCCUUUAGUUCAAGAAUAAUUAUAAUGAACUUUGACCGCUUUGUUGGAUUAUCGCAAGUCAAUUCUGCUUUAUUCACUCAAAACAACUGGUUUGUCAAACCUGCUUCAUAUGCUAAAGGAAAAGGUUACCAAGCAUAUAUAAUGGGGUUGCUGAUGAACUUUUUUGGUUGGGAAUGCGUCGGCAGGAACAUUUGCAGCCCUGCAGGCGAAUCGAUGUUUACUUGAUCACGGAAAAUUUUUUAUUCUUAUGCCUUCAGAAAAUGAACCAAAGCUGUUGAGAGCUACUCCAGAACAACAAAAGUGAAUAAAUAAAAGGCCUGGUAGGUUGAGUUUGCUUGUCAAAUGUAGCAGCUUUCAUUCUUCUUUGAAGCCUUUUUCUCCCCUUGGAUAUAUUAAAGGUACAUUGACUGCAUAA